AUCAUGGCGUUUUCCCUGAGAAACGAUCCCCGCAGGCCGGAGAGCCCGGACUCCGAGUCCCCGGCCCUUUCCACCUGCAGCAACGCGGACAUCUUCCGCAGGAUGAACACCAUGCUGGGCAACGCUCUGGACUUCACCGGUGUGUGCACCACACCCAACAACACCAAGGGAAAGCCAGACAUGCUGUGUGAGUCGGAGCUGGCUGCGGUGGGCAGCAGGAGGAUGCUCUUCCCCAACUGUGGUGGCAUGCCCGGCUCACAGGAGAUGCCGUCGUCCAGGGGCCCACCGGGUGUCACAGACCUGGGCCUGGGCCUCCAGUCUCUCCGGCUGUCCGGGUGGGACAGACCCUGGAGUAGCCAGGAGACAGACGCGCACACCUCCCCCUCCCAGGUUCAGACCAGCUCACCCUCCAUGCUAGGUUUACUGAACAGUCCCUUCAGUAGCAUCCUUGGAAAGCCCCCAGGCUACCUGCCCACUGAGUCCAUGAGCAUGACUGCUGACUUCUUGGAGAAGUUCCCCAGCAUGGCUCGGAUGGCAAGCCGUCUGGACUCGAGCUCCUUUUUGGACUCUCGCUCCAGCAGUCCCGAAGACUCAGAGACCAGCGGCUUCAGCUCUGGCUCAGACCACCUCUGUGACAUGCUGUCGACUCUGCGGAUUUCCCCUCCCCUGCCUUAUCUCGCAUCCAACAUGCAGAAGGAUCUGCUGCGGCUGGGCUCCCGUCUGGACCCCCAGGACUCCAGCUCUCCUCUGACCCCGCCAUCCAGUGCCAGCCCCGCCUCCUCAGCCAUUUCCCGCCGCUGGCGUAGCGGCUCUCCGUGGCCCGGCGCAGACAUGCUCGACCAGUCGGACGAUGCGUUCAGUAUUGAGAGGGAGGCCCGCCUGCACAGACAGGCUGCAGCUGUGAAUGAGGCCACGUUCACCUGGAGUGGUCAGCUGCCUCCCCGAAACAACAAGGAUGCUCUGUACUCCUGCAAGGUCUUUCUUGGUGGUGUGCCCUGGGACAUCACAGAAGCCGGCCUGAUCAACACCUUCAGUGGCUACGGCCCUCUGACUGUGGAGUGGCCGGGUAAGGAUGGAAAGCACCCCCGCUGUCCUCCCAAAGGUAAUGUGGCCAAAGGGUAUGUGUAUCUGGUGUUUGAGAAUGACAAGUCUGUGCGGGCGCUGCUCCACGCCUGCUCCCAGGACCCGUUUCACCCCGAGGACAACCGAGAGUACUACUUCAAGAUGUCCAGCCGCAGGAUGCGAUGCAAGGAUGUGCAGGUGAUCCCCUGGGUGAUCUCUGACAGUAACUAUGUGCGCUGUCCCGCCCAGCGUUUGGACCCCAGUAAGACGGUGUUUGUUGGUGCGCUGCACGGCAUGCUGAACGCUGAGGCGCUGGCCAGCAUCAUGAACGACCUGUUUGGAGGCGUCAUGUACGCUGGCAUCGACACGGACAAGCACAAGUACCCCAUAGGCUCUGGACGUGUCACUUUUAACAAUCAGCGCAGUUACCUGAAGGCUGUGUGCGCAGCGUUUGUGGAGAUCAAAACCCCCAAGUUUACAAAGAAGGUCCAGAUUGACCCCUACCUGGAAGACUCCAUGUGUCAAGUCUGCCUUCGCCAACCUGGACCUUUCUUCUGCAGAGACCAGGCCUGCUUCAAGUACUACUGCCGCUCUUGCUGGCACUGGCAGCACUCCAUGGACAUCUUGAGCAACCACCGACCCCUCAUGCGCAACCAGAAGAACCGCGACUCCAGCUAGAGCAGAUGGAUCCGAAGACUCUGAAGGGCCAGAGGAAAGCCCCUCUCUACGGGGCGAGGCUGCCCGCCAAGGAGAGCACGCGAGACGUCUCUCGGUACGAGGGCACCAUGGCACUCCACCAGGCACUGGGGAUAUCACUGUAGAAAAUGUUCACUUUUGCACUUGCUACAUUUUUGCUGUUGUUCACAGUGGCACUAUGCACAGUGACUUUGUUGGGAGAGACCAGGGGCCCUUCACACUUAUGCAUUUUCCCAGACUUGUGGCCAGACAGAAAGAUGGUCAGCCUAAGGUUAAGAAGUGGAUGAAAAUGCCAUUUUUUUUUCUUUUUGUUUACAUGUGUUGCAUAGUAAAGAGCAAUCACGUAAGUUUCAUUGCCGUUCAUUGGCAAAUGCCAUACAGUGCCUUUAAAUUUUUAUUUUUCCCCCUCCUCCCUCCCUCCUCUACCCCCAGUUGGCGUCUGUUUUUCCUGUGCAAGCCAACUGGUGAUUCUUACUUUUGGGAGUUUAAUGUUGGGCUUCAUUUAACCAAUCGCAUUUCAGACAUUUUUACGCAGUUUUUUACUAAUUUGUACACAAACGGUUUUAAGUCAUGACAUGAAAAUUUUGAACA